CUAAGUUAGGUACAAAUCCGGUCACACAGCGCACCGUUGCGUUUUUCGUUGAUAAUUUUUAAAUUUAUUUAUUAGUUUAUUAGCUCGAAACUGAGCGCAAAAUUAAGCCUGCUUAUCCCGCCCGGGCUACCUCGGUCCACCGCCCUGCUCGCGCACCAUCGGAUAUCGCUAUCUGCUGACGGUAAUUGGAGAACGUUUUCGUUUCGUUUUUUCCAUUUUAUCUCCUCCUUUUCCUCCACUUCGUUCGCUCUCUUUGUGCGCUGCCCCCCGCUCCCCUUCGGUUCGCCGUAUGCAGCCAGCAAAGAGCGAUUUGCGUGCCCGUGAAAUCCCAUUAAGAUCCAGCCUUAAAUCAAAUAAUGUUUCAAUAAGAGUAUGUGUGCAUUAGUGCAAAUGGCUCGGUUCGGUUCCUGCCUCAAAACAUGAAAAUGGUGCAAGACGCUCCCAACGCCGUGCCGAGCUGGCAUAUUUUGGUGCGCGACGCCGUCGACGCGUUUUUCCCCGGCCGCGGACUCUGCGCGACUGUGAGGAAUUUACAGCAACAACAAAAACAGCAACAGCUAAAGCGACAGCAACAAAAACAAUGAAUAUGGUAUUUAAAUUGCAUGCGACCACCGAUCGGAAUCGGAAAUGCGAAUUACUGUAAAAUUUCGAGAGAUCGCAAAUCGAAAAUUGCAAUGUUUCUCUUUGAAGGCCCAGUCUAAAUGACGUCACAAGCGUAACAGAGUGCAACAGACAACAAUGACCGAUGAGCAUAAAAGUAACAUUAACAGUAACAGUACGAGCAACAGCAACAGCAAUAGCAACAGCAACAACAAUAACAAUAAUAACAACAACAACAGCAGCAACGGCAACGGCAACAACGAAAGCAACAACAAUAGCACCAUUAUUGCAGAGGCGGCAGCCAAAUUUUUGCUAAAAAAUGGUCUAAACGGCAGCUUUCCUGCGCCACCGCCACCCCUGCCCGCCAAUCUGAGCACAACGCCCUCAAGCUCCUCCACCAGCACCACACCCUCCAAUGGAUUUUUGCCGCAUGCUAGCACACAGCCGUCGGGAAAGCCAGAAAGAAGAAAUAGCGCCAGUUCCAGCCGAAGUAGCCCCUCAGCCAUGGCGGCCUCCGCUGCGAUGGCAGCCGCGUCUAGCGUCGGAGCCCUUGUGGGAGCUCCCGGCCCGAAGCCCAGUCCCGUGGAUGUACUGGGCGGUGUUCUCGACUACAGUUCCUUGGGUGCAGCGGCUGCUGUGGCCGCAGUCGCAUCUCUGCCGCCCACUGCCGGGGGUGCAGUGAAGAUCGGCAAGGGUAGCACCAGCAGCGGGAUCAGUUCCAGCUCCGGCAGCAGCGGAUUUGAUAUGGGCAGGCAUCCGAUAUCGACGCACAGCAGCAACAACAGCUCGACUGGCUACGGCGGCCGUUUGCAGUUCUUUAAAGAUGGCAAGUUUAUAUUGGAACUGGCACGCUCCAAGGACGGCGAUAAAAGCGGCUGGGUUUCGGUGACGCGUAAAACCUUUCGCCCACCCUCCGCAGCCACCUCGGCGACUGUGACGCCGACAUCGGCCGUGGCCACAGCCUAUCCAAAGAACGAGAAUUCCACAUCGCUGAGCUUUUCGGAUGACAACAGCUCAAUACAAUCUUCGCCGUGGCAGAGAGAUCAGCCUUGGAAGCAGUCCCGCCCCCGACGCGGCAUCUCCAAGGAACUGUCUCUAUACUACCGCCGCCCCAGGCACAGUGUGCUCGGAAAGGCCGCUCUCCAGACAGCCAUUCGCAAGCGCCGACGACCCCACGAGCCGCUCGCCGCCAGCGAGGAGCCCAUCUUCGAGUCAGCGGCCAAAACGGACAGCGGCGACGAAACGCUUAAGGCAGAAGCCUCCGAGGAUGUUGCAGGUGGCGGAGAUGCGGAUACUUCUGCAAAUGAGAUUAAAACUGAAGAAUCAGAAACGAUCAAAACCGAGGAAGAUGGUACAUUGGAAGUUAAGGACGUCAAGCCGGAGGUUAAGGAGAGUGUCGAGUCAGAUGAAGUGCCGCCCACUGUGAAGACCGAGCCAGAGGCAAAUGAUGAGACUGUCGAGAAGAUGAACACGAGCGAGGACGACGAAGUCGCGGUUGAGACUAAGCCCGUUAAUGGCGACCUCAACGGCGAUUUGAAGUCGAAACUUGGAAAGCAGGCCACGCCAAAGCCGAAAGCGCGGGCCAAGCUUAGCAGCAUAAUCCAGAAACUGAUCGACGGCGUCCCAGCCCGUCUGGAGCAAAUGUCCAAGACCCCCAUGACGACAGCAGCUGCGACGGCAGCAGCGGAGAGAAGCGGAGGCGGUGGACCCGUGGCCAGUUUAAACCACUCAUUGCCCCACAAGGUUUCUCCGCCUUCAUCGGCAGCAACAGCGAGUCGCCUGGUGGAGUACCAUCACCAGCAUGUGUCACCCAGAAAACGCAUCCUUCGCGAGUUCGAGAAGGUUUCGCUGGAGGACAAUGGAUGCGCGAACAAUGGCAGCGGGGGCAGUGGCAGCAGCGGCGGCGCUGGUGGCAAGCGAAGUCGCGCCAAGGCAUCGACGUCGUCACCAGCUGGCAAGUCGGCGCCGAUAAACUUGGCCCCGCCCCAAGGAAAACCCAGCCCCAGUGCAAGCUCCUCCAACACCUCGCCAGCUGCGCCAGCGUCGGCUGCGCAGCCAACUCGACUGAACAGCUCCUAUAGCAUCCACUCGUUGCUGGGCGGGAGCAGUGGUAGUGGCGGCUCCUCAUCCUCCUCCUCAACGGGUGCCUCCAAGAAGAACAACGACCAUCCGGCGGCUAUUAUCAGUAAUGUGCACCAGCCGCAUCAUUCUCUGUACCAGGCAAGCACCUCGAGCUAUCCCCCGAAGUCACCGGACAUGAGCGGCAGCAACGGAGGUGGAAAAUCGCCCUCACAUGCCGGAGCAAAGAAACGGUCGCCACCGUACUCGGCAGGCUCGCCCCUGCCCGUGGACUACGGGCACUCGUUCUACAGAGAUCCCUAUGCGGGAGCAGGUGUGGGCCGGGCGGCAUCCCAAGACUUGUCGCCACCACGUUCCUCGUCAGCCUCGCCCGCCACCACGCCGCGCACCGUGCCCAAGAAGACUGCCUCGAUCCGCCGCGAAUUCGCCUCUCCCUCGGCUAGCAGCAGCAGCUGCCCGUCACCCGGUGACCGGAGCGCCUCGCCGCCCGACAGACGACUCAUGCAACAGCAGCAGCAGCACUUGCACUACUACAUGUACCCGCCGCCGCCGCAGGUGAAUGGAAAUAGUUCUGGAGCGAGUCCCGGCACAGCGCCAGCAUCGGCUGGCAGUAACGCUCUGCACGCGGCUGCUGCAGCCGCAGCAAGCUACAUUCCUUCGGUGGCACCCCCAUCAUUGUACCAUCCGUUCAUAUCAACUUUAGCAGCACUGAGGCACACUCCAAUGUGGAUGCAUCCCUACCCGGCGGGAGGAGCACUAAUGCCACCACAUCCGCCGGCGUUCGGCUACAAUGGAGUGGGCGCCGCUGCAAUGGCAGCUGCGGCAGCCGCGGCUUUCGGCCAGCCCGCUCCCAGUCCUCACACCCAUCCCCAUCUGGCCCAUCCGCACCAGCAACCGCAUCCGCAUCCGCACCCGGCCGCAUUAACCGCCCACUCCCAUACUCCCGCUCAUCUGGCCACGCCAAAACUGACUGAUAGUAGUAGCGAGCAAAUGUCUGCAGCGUCCAGUCAUCGCACCGCCUCCACUUCGCCGACCAGCUCGAGUGCAUCAGCCUCCUCAGCGGUGGCCGCCGCCGGCGCCAGCUCCUCAGCAAUGUUUCAUAAUAGUAGCCUAAGGAAUGAACAAAGUUCAGACUUACCACUGAAUCUGUCAAAGCACUGAGACACACACGCCCCAGCUGCCCCAGUUUCUGGGCCACCAUCGAGUUAAGUACUUUACCGCACUAGUAGCGCUUAAGACGACAUUCAAGUACACGUAAUAUUAUUUAAUAAGUUUCGCUGCUAGUUUAGUUUUAGUGUAAUUGUUUUAGCCUAAGUCUACUCCUAGGUUCGCGAUUAAGGCCGGAUUUUUCGAAAAGUAACCAGAAAUAAUUACGAAGAAAACUGAUAAACUCAACCAUGUUCUAACCCCGUUCCAAACUUUCUUAUACAAUCAGUUGAGUAAUGGAAUUUUCGACAAACAUAUUUAAUAUGCAAAAGGAAUUUUAUUCUAUGACUUGUACGUCUUGAAGAAUCUCAAACGAAAUAUAAAAAAAAAGAGUUACGUUUUUUUCAUCAAAACAUUUCCUUGAAACAGACUGAACCUGAAUUUUUUUUAGAAAAAAAAAAUACUUAGCUAUCGAUCCAACUUUUUAAAGUAUAUUUAAACAAAGAUACAUGAACAGAUUUUUAUAAAACAGCUAGUGCCUUUUGAAGUGGAAAGAAAACUAGGGAUACAAAUUUAAAAUAUU